AUGUGGCCGACCGAUUUGGAUGCUAAACUCGAAGAAUACGAUGUAAUGGAGCUACCUGGGCAGCAACUACCCGCGGCACAUGCGGAUACCCUGCUGGACCACGUGCUUAAUCUCGAUAUCAAAUCACCUCCAGGCUGUUUGAGGCUUAGUAGCAUCAUGUGUAGUAUGGGUAAAUCGACGUUAGAUAUUGACGUAAUGGAAAAAAUGAUGGCUGCUGGAAUGAAUAUUGCUUUAAUAAAUAUGACAUUUGGUACAAAGGAAGAACACAUUGAAGUUAUCAAAAUGCUUCGACAAGCAAGCAAGAACUACAGCAUGAGAAUGAACAGAAACUAUCCAUUAGGUAUUGCUAUAAUGCUGACAGGUAAAAAGAUGAGGACGGGAAAAAUUAGUGAUAGUUUUGGGGAUUUCAUAGAGCUUAAAACAGGAGAAACGGUGAGAUUAACCACAGAUGAAACUUACCGUGAACGAUGUUCCGUCUAUACUGUCUACGUAGAUUUCAUGUAUUUUGCCGAGCAAGUAAAAAAAAACGACACAGUUUUAUUAGAUAAUGAAGAAAUUUUACUAAAAGUGGAGGUAGUUUCUGCGAAUACAAUUACAUGCAAGAUUGAAAGAGGUGGAAUGCUCGGUUCUCACAAGGACGUAUUCGUUCCAAACAAAGUGAUGCAAAUGCCAGACUUUACAGACAAAGAUAAAAGCUAUAUUGAUAUGGCUAUACGUUAUCAGGUUGACUUAAUAAUAGCCACGUUUAUAAGUUCCGCUGACAGUUUAAUAAACCUAAAACAGCUACUUGGUGAAAAAGGAAAGAAAAUAGCGAUCGUAGCCAAUAUCCAGACCGCGGAAGGUUUUCAUAACUUUGAUGAUAUUAUAACGAUAGCUGAUGGUGUUAUAAUCACCAGACAAGAAUUAGGCUCCGACAUAAGCCCCAAAAAAUUAGUGAUUGCCCAAAAGAACAUAAUUGCUCGAGCUAAUAAGGCUAAUAUUCCAGUUUUUUUAAACGCACACCUUCUUAGUAGCAUGAGGUAUCAUAAAUUACCCUUGCGAGCGGAAUUACUGGACAUUGCCAAUUGCGUACUUGAUGGUGUUGAUGUUCUCGCGCUGUCUGCAGAAACCGCCGUAGGACAGUAUCCUGUGGAAGCCGUAGAGUGUAUGGCUAGCACUUGUAAGGAAGCUGAGGCUUGUGUUUGGACGAAACAGGUCUUCUAUGAUCUCGUUGACAAGACUAUCAUACCUUGUGAUCAAACAACAGCAACUGCGCUCGCAGCCGUCCUCGCAGCUCAAAGGUCUAUUGCAGCGGCAAUCGUAGUGAUAACCAGUACGGGCAAAUCUGCCCAAGUUGUUGCCAAGUACAGGCCACGAUGCCCAGUCAUUGCUGUUACUAGAUAUACUCCCAUUGCCAGACAGUUGCACAUGUGGAGAGGUAUUUUGCCUCUUAUUUAUGAAGAGAGUCCAGAUGCUGACUGGCAAUUGGACAUCGAGAAACGAGUCGCAUUUGGUGUCAAAUGGGCCAUAAACCAAGGUUUCAUCAGGAUCGGAGAUCCUGUCGUCAUCGUCUCCGGGUGGAAACAAGGAUCUGGGUUCACCAACACCAUGAGGAUCAUAUACGCUUCUCUGGACUCGUUCUAGAUAUUAUUUUAGAUAGUUUAUUGACAUAAAAUCAUUAUAAACCAUUUUGUAC